UCAAUUUUCGAUAUAGAUGCAGAAGACGCUGAUAAUCCUUUGGCUGCAGUAGAGUAUGUUGAAGAUAUAUACAAAUUUUAUAAAAGCGCCGAGAGUUCGAGUCGACUUCGUGGUUAUAUGAACUCGCAAAAGGAGAUUACUGAAGAUAUGAGGAUGAUUCUGGUGGAUAAGUUGAUUAUAGAGCAUGACUGGUUUCAAUUUAUGCCAGAAACUUUAUAUCUUACCAUCCACAUUGUCGAUCGAUACCUUGCGAUAAAUCGAGUUGUGAGAGAGAAGGAGUUGAAGUUAAUUGGGUAUACUGCUAUGCUUAUAGCAAGUAAGUACGAAGAAAAUGCGGCAGUAAAAGUUGAUGAAUUGGUUGGGACUUACAAGAGGAAGCAGAUAUUGGCCAUGGAGAGAUCAAUUUUGGAAAAACUUGGAUGGACUUUAACUGUCCCUACUACAUACCAUUUCCUUGUUCGAUUUAUCAAGGCUUCUCUAGCAGAUCAGGAGAUGGAGAACAUGGUGUUUUUCUUGGCGGAGUUGGGUUUAAUGCAAUAUGCAAUGAUAAAAUACAGCCCGUCGAUGUUGGCAGCAUCUGCUGUAUAUGCAGCACAACGCACACUGAAGAAAACUCCCCAAUGGAGUAAAACACUUGAGCAUUACACUGGAUUUUCCGAAUGCCAGCUUAUCGAAUGUGCGAAGCAAUUGGUGAACUUCCACUCAGAUGCACCUGAACAUGAGCUUCGGGCGGUUUAUAAUAAAUACUCGACUUGUACACACAACAUUGUAGCUCUACAACCACCUGCGCAGCAAAUUUUGAUCGAUUGA